AUGACCAGCAAACAAAAACAUUACGGAUUGGAUGAUGGCAUUGUUCCUGAAGCUUUUGAACUUCCAUCGAAACAAGAGGUUAUUGUGAUGGAAAAGAAUGGUAAUAUUCAUGAAGUAUUGCCUCCAAAUAUGCUCGAUGGUGAUGAAGUUAAAAGUGUAACGAGUACAACUUCGGAUCAGGUUAACAAGGAAGAGGAAGAAGAAUUUGAAUAUAAACCAGUAACAAAUCUUGUAGAAUAUUUCAGUGAUGAAAACAAUCGUAAACAAAUUGAUGUUGUUCUUCACUGUUUAUCAAAAUUGGAAGAAGAGUCAUCGGAUAAAACAAAGGCUAUGGAACACAACGGAAGAUUUCAGUUUUUGUGUAAUAUUCUCUAUGAUUUGGAUAAAUAUGAGCUUGAAUUCUACAUGUUACAAUUACUAAAUACUUACAUGAUGAAAGCAGGAGAUGGUGAUUCACAUUUGGAACGUUAUAUUCUUGAAAUUUGCGCCAAGUCAAUGCACUUUGGUGUUAAAUUGAGUUGGUUAUUGGAUGCUGAAUUAUAUACAUUGGAAAAUCAUUUGGCACAAACACCAAAUAAUAUCAAAUUAAAGAAGAGAGCACAAAGAGGAAUGAUUUUUAGAAAUUUAAUUGAAAAAGUUACGAUUAAUCAAGUUGUUCCUAUUAAUUAUAUGAAUGACAGUUUCCUGAAUACAUCAAUUCUUCAAGUAGAUGCUGAAUUCACAGAAGACCAAACUGAAGAAGAGAAGAAUAAGCUCUCUACAUAUGUUUUGCAAAAUGUUUUUGCCAAACAAAGAAGAUCCAAUUAUUUUAAUGAUGAACAUUAUUUCGUUCAUUCCCUUACUGAUUUAUCCUAUAGAUUGAAGGCAUAUCCUCCAGGUGAUAUCAGAAAGCAUCGUAUGAAGGCAGAACUUGAACGUUUAAAUCAAUCAAUUCCUUAUGGUGUAUAUUAUCCUUUGUGUGAAUCACGUGAUCCUCACUGUAGAAUUUUGAGAAUUUGUACAGAUGCUUGUCGUGUUUUUAGUACAAAGGAAAGAGUUCCAAUUCUUUGUGUUUUUGAAGUCCUUACAGGUGAUGCACCAUGUACUCAACCUGAAGAUGUUAUUCAAUUUGAUGAAACCACUGAAGAAUUCAAUAUUUAUGAUGGAAUUAUUGUGAAAAAGAAUGGAGAUUGUACAGAUUCACCAGCAACAGAAGAAAGCAGAAUGAUUGAAAGACGUAUCAGCUCAACUUAUCAAUUUGAUGUUACCAUGGAUGAUGAAAAACACAAAAAUGAUAUAUUGGACGAAAUAGAUGCCACUUCAACAAUUUCAGACUCUUCAGACUCUGGUCCUAGAAAAUCUGAUGCUAGCUCUAUCCCUCAAACACCAUCUACCUUCAAGUCAGAGCUCCCAAUUUUACACAUUCCAAAUAUCAAUCAAGAUGAUUUUGUUCUUAUUGAAAAGAAGGAUCCAACCAGAGAUGAAGAAGUUUUACAUGAUUUGGAAUCUGUAUUUGGUGAAAGCUUUGAAAAGAUUAAGGCCAAGUAUAGAGCUGUUUCACCUUAUGGGUGUGCUCCUGGUUGGGACUUGAGAUCUGUAAUUGUAAAAGCUAAUGACGAUAUUAGACAAGAAAUAUUUGCCAUGCAAUUAAUCAAAUUAUUUGCCAGGAUUUUUGAAGAAGAAAAAUUGCCAAUCUAUAUUAGGCCAUAUGAAAUUAUUGUGACAAGUGGAAAUUGUGGUAUGCUUGAAACAGUUCGUGAUACUUGCUCAAUUGAUGGUUUGAAGAAGAAAUUCCCUAACUUUACAAAUCUCAAAGACUAUUUUAUUCGCGUUUAUGGAUCUCCAACAUCUAAUACUUUUAUCAGAGCACAAACAAACUUUGUGGAAAGUGUUGUAGGAUAUUCACUUAUUUCAUAUAUUCUCCAAAUCAAGGACAGACACAAUGGCAAUAUUCUUUUAGAUAGAGAAGGACAUAUGGUACACAUCGAUUUUGGAUUUUUCCUUGGUAUUUCUCCUGGUGGUGUUAAAUUUGAAAAUUCACCAUUCAAACUUCCACAAGAUUGGGUUGAUUUGAUGGGAGAAUUAUUUGAUUUGCACUUUAGACCAGUAUUUUAUGUUGCUUUUGCUGCCUUGAGAAAACCUCGUAACAUGAAUAGAUUAUUGAACUUGGUGGAAAUGAUGAUUGGCGCAAAUUAUAAAUGCUUUGAUGGUAAUCAUGCAAAUAUCAUGAGAGAUUUGAGAAAUAGAUUCUAUCCAAAUCAAUCUGAAGAAGAAUUUGCCAAGACAGCCAGAAAACUUGUAGAUGAUUCCAUAGAUAACUGGUUUACUAAGAGAUAUGAUCAAUAUCAAUACCUUACCAAUGGUAUUUUGUAA